CUUGCAUGCACUCAUAUAGCUGCUGCUGCUGCUGCUGUCACAUUCUUUGCUGGUGAAGGCUUGGUACUGGAUGUAGGUGGAGGGUCUUGGAAGACGGGUUGAUCGCUGGACGAGGACAUCUGCAUCUGUCUUGGUUGACACAGUGUGGAUUCUUUUUUUAUCAGGCAGAUCUGCAGUCUCACUGCACCUUGGUGGAUGGGAUGUGCUCAGAGCUGUUUUGUUGGAUGCCCAUCAGAAGCUCAUACACUGAUGUGUGACCCUUGCUGAAGCUCUCUUGAUUUCUAUUUGGGACAGGUACCACAAGUGGAAAGUUGUCCUAGGAUUCCCACCCUUAAUCACAUCACUUUACAGGUCCAUCCAUGAGAUAUUGCAGUAUGAUAUGGGGCAUUCUUACACCGACCCUGCUCCCACCUGGUGCCACACUGCAUCCUCAUUGACCUAGGAUUGAGAUGGCAUCCCUGCAGACUAUCAGGAUAUCGGCUAUGGAAAUGGAGAAGUAUUACAGUCUUCAGCAGGCAGUGUCUCUUCUCUACACAUUGCUGGAAAGUCAGUGCCAUCACCCAUUAUAACUUUCCAGGAUCAUUUUUCAGAAGAGACUACAGCUCCCGUCUGUGCAAAGGACAUCGAUGAUCUGUUGAUGAAAGAAUUUGCCUUUCUGUCAGGUGGCCGGGGAAAGGAUAACGACUGGAUCAUCACACUUCCUGAGCAUGCCACAUUCAAUGACGUUCCGGAGAACGUACUGGAGACCGUGCUGACAUAUUUAACCUCCAUUCCAAGUAAAGAAGAAGAUGACAUUAAAUUCAUUGUUAUAUUGGACAGAAGACUGGACACAUGGACGUCUGUAAAAUUAACACUUCAGAAAUUAUCGCAUUCAUUUCCUGGGAGCCUUCAUCUAGUUUUGGUCUUAAGGCCUUCAGGAUUUUUUCAGCGGACUUUCACCGACAUUGGAUUUCGCUUCAGCCAGGAGGACUUUAUACUAAAGCUUCCGGUGGUUAUGCUCAGUUCUGCAUCAGAUUUACUUAAGUACAUCGAUGAAACACAACUAACAACAGAAUUUGGGGGAACACUUGAAUAUCGGCAUCGCGAUUGGGUUGUCUACAGAACGCAGGCCAUUGAGGGCUUUGCCUUGACAGUUAAGGAAAUUGCUCAGAUGCUGCAGGCCUUUGGUACUGAACUGGCUGAGACCGAAUUACCGAGCGACGUCUAUUCAAUUGAGCACAUUUUAGCAAACCGCACUGAAAAAUACUGCCAAUUGAAGAAAGACAUUACCUCCGUAACAAAAGAAGGGGGCUUACUGCUGGACAGUUUUGAAAGACCAAGCACAAGUUUAAUUACAGAACAGCAAACCUGUGGAAAACACGGAGAUUGGGAAACUGUGAACAGGUUGCUGGCACAGUUACAUGAGAUGGAAAGCGCUUUUGAUGGGUUUUGGGAGAAACACCAGCUAAAAAUGGAGCAAUACUUAGAACUACUCAAGUUUGAACAGCAUUUCCAAGAGCUGAAGAAUGCUACUGACUUUUUGAUGGCACAACAAACUGGUGUUCCUGAUACAGGAGACAAUAUAUCUGACGUCAAGCAGGGACUGGUGGAGUUGAGUAACAUUGAAGAAAGGUCGAAGGAAUUAAUGGGAAGGUCGCAAAUGGUGAUUUUACAUGGACACCAGCUUGCAGCAAAUCAUCAUUACGCACUUAACCUAAUCUGCCAGCAAUGCAACGAGCUAAGGCAUGCAUCAGACAUCUUGUCUGAGGAGAUUAGAAAGAAGCUUGCUUGUCUUUCCACUACACACGAACUACUUGUCCAGCUACAGGAGGCUCUCGAUAGUUGUGAUAAAGGUGCCUACUUUCUCGCUAACCAGCAAAUGGACAAGUGCCAGUCAAGGGACGGGGCUCAGAGGGCUUUACAAGAUGUUGAGAAGUUUCUAGACAGCUCUGCAUUGGAUUUAAGUUUUGAUCCACAGUCCUUUCAGUAUGAUUAUGAGUCCAUUCUGACAGAAGAGUUGAAGGCUCAAAUUCAAGCUGUUCAUGUCAAGAUUGGGAACAUCAGAGACCUGUUUGAAAACCGACAAAGUUGCCUUAAGAAAUUGGCUGAUAAGCAAGUGCGGCCGGUCCAGUUAGUAGCUCCUCGUCCCGAGAAUCCCCCUAGAGCUAAAUCGCCUCUUUUUUCUCCAAAGCAUGGACGUAUGGAUUUCAAUUCAAGUCUGAAGUUUUCAUUUGACUUAACAUUACCUGGGAAAAGGACCACAAGAAAAAUGCAGACUUCACGAAAGAUUGAAGUGAUGCAUGACUAUCAAGAGAAGAGAAACUCGUUGCAAUUUUAUAUAUCAGAAAGUGAAGACAGUUUGGAUAUACUUAAAGGUCAUGUCAUCCAUGAACUAGUAGAAACUGAGAGGAUUUACGUGGAAGAGCUUUACACUAUUUUAUUGGGAUACAGAUCUGAGAUGGAAAACCCAGAAAUGUCCCAUUUCCUGCCACUAACCUUGAGGAACACAAAAAAUAUUCUGUUUGGAAAUAUGCCAGAGAUCUAUGAAUUUCAUAAUAAAGUUUUUCUUGGUAGCCUUGAAAGCUGCAUCGGAGCACCAGUUAGAGUUGGGUAUUGUUUCUUAGAAAGGAGAGAAGAUUUCCAGAUGUAUGAAAAGUAUUGUCAAAAUAAGCCCCGCUCUGACUCUCUCUGGCGUCAGUUUUCAGACAGUGCAUUCUUUCAGGAAUGCCAGAAAAAAUUGGAGCACAAACUUGCACUGGACUCUUAUCUUUUGAAACCAAUACAACGCCUUACAAAAUACCAGCUGCUUUUAAAGGAGUUACUGAAGUAUAGUAUUCAUUCAGAAGGAGUCCAAGAACUCCAGGAAGCUUUGGUUUCUAUGCUGGACCUAUUAAAAUCAGUCAAUGACUCCAUGCAUCAGAUUUCUAUUACAGGAUAUAAUGGAGAUAUAAAUGAUCUGGGUCGUAUAUUGAUGCAAGGUUCUUUUAGUGUGUGGAUCACUCAUAAAAAAGGACCUACAAAGAUGAAGGAACUUGCCCGCUUUAAGCCAAUGCAGAGACAUCUCUUUCUCUAUGAAAGGGCAAUAGUGUUCUGCAAAAGAAGAGAAGAACAUGGCGAUGGACAUGACAAAACUCCAUCCUACAGUUUCAAGCACUUCCUAAAGAUGAAUGCUGUCGGCAUAACCGAAAAUGUUAAGGGUGAUAAUCGCAAGUUUGAAAUUUGGUACAGUGGCCGAGAAGAAGUUUAUGUUGUGCAGGCCCAGACAGGAGAUCAUAAGGCAGCGUGGUUGAAUGAAAUACGGAAGAUACUGACCAGACAGCGAGAACUUAUAAAAGUAGAGAAACUGAAGCAAAAUUCCUUUUCAGACCAAGUUGUUCUAACACCACAAAUGAAUGAGGGGAAAUUACAAAGGGCUUCGGUCAGUUCAGAAGAAAAUGACUCAGAAAAUUCCAGUUCUAUACUGGAGGGUCUAAACGUCUCCCCUCAACAUAAACCGCACAAAGGGUGGCAUGGAAUGUCACAGUCCUUAGAAAUCUGUGAAGGUCUUGAAGGGUGGUCAAGUCAUCAUUGUUCUUGUCCUUGUUCAGACACAGAAGAGGAGGACGCAGUUCAGUUGUCUCCUGGUAAAUACAAGGCACAGGCUGACUGCAAGAAGAGAGGAUCUGAGGAUGUACUGGUGAAAAAUGGAGAUGUCAUUCAACUUUUACAGGAAGAUACUGAGGGACAGUGGCUGGUAAAGAAUCUGAACAGAAAAAAAGAAGGAUGGAUUCAUGGAAACAAUUUACAGAUUAUCAUUGGUGAAUGUAGGAUGCGGGCAUCCAAACUAACAGAUGCUGCUCUAUGUAACACAAGGAAGUUAAGCUCACCUUGAAACCCCAUGUAAAUAUGAAUAAUACACAGAUCCAUGGAUGCUGCUGAAACGCUGUUUUCAAGGGCACUGUUUUCAUGGAUGCUGCUGAAACGCUGUUGUGAGGAGCACUGUUACAUGUUAAUGUCAUCACCAAUCUUAUCCUACAACAUCGCUGUGACCACCUUCUAAAGCUCACAUACCCUUUUCACGUGGACAAAAGACACUUUUAAGAGCCUCAUUUUGUAAAACUGUUGUUGUACAUUGGAAAAUUCAAUUUUUACCAUGCUCCUUAGCACCAUUAGUUUAUUUUACAUCUUGGCUAAUGAAAUGUUUUUAACUCAAUGUAAAUAUGUAAGUGUUGACAUUUGUAGAAACUCCAUUCCAUGCUCUAUCAAUACAUGUUUUACCGUUUUUGUGUAAAACGUCUGCACUUUAUUCAUCUUGACUCUAUAGGGGCAGAUUUAUAAAACUGUAUAAAAUAAAAAUUCUUUAUUGCCCAUAGCAACCAAUCAGAUCACAGCUUUAAUUUUUCAAGAGCACUAUAAGAAAUUAAAGCAGUGUUGUGAUUGGUUGAAAGUUACAGUUUUCAUAACUCUCCCUAAUGUGAUGAGGCUUCUCAUGAGACAAUAUCUUGAUGUGGGCCUUCUCAAUAUGAACUGGACUGGUUGAUCUUGAACAUUCUACAUUUUUGCCACCACCUGCUUUAUGGUGUAAUGUGACAAAUUGCAAUAAAAAAAAUCUUGUUCUUCCUUAA